GCAUCACAGAUGUACAGUAGCUCCCGUGGACGCCCUGCGGAAGGAUGAAGUCGCGUCGCCUGUUGUUGCUCGCUUCUCUCUGUGUGAUACUGCACCUAAUAAAGGCACAGGAGAACUUGGCUGCUGGAGUUCGAGCUACGCAGUCGACCACUCACCGACACCUCGCUGACCCCAACAACGCCAUUGAUGGGAACCUGGACACUAUUUUCCGGCACGGAUCCUGCAGCAGCACGAGGAAACAGUACCGCCCUUGGUGGAGAGUGGAUCUGCGGGAACAUUACCGCAUCUUCGUGGUCAACAUCACCGCCUCCAGCCGCUGGGCCCAUAGGCUGGUAGGUGCCGAGAUCCGCAUCGGGGACUCGCUGAUCAACAAUGGAAACGACAACACUCUCUGUGCGAAGAUCAACUCGAUCAGUAACGGUCAGACCGCUAACAUCUUCUGCGAGCCAGCAGGUGUCCACGGUCGGUUUCUCAACGUCUUCUUGCCGAGGUGCAGGGCUUACCUAAUGUUGUGCGAGGUGGAAGCGUUCGGAAUGCCUGAUCCCCACUGACCCUGCUCAUGGCAACCUUCCAGUGCUUCCGGCUUGUGCAACGGAUUCAUUCGAGAACCGGUUGAGGUCCUUAUCCCGGGCCAGCUAGGCCCAACAUCGCUUCCAGCACCACAACAUAGCGAGCCAGCAGUGAUUCUGCAGCCGGUAUGGAGCGAACGGCAGCAGGGUGGUGGGUGGGAGAGCGGCCGGUGUUGGUCGCCACCCACUGCCGGCACUGGGCCGUCCCCUCUCUCAGCUGUAUGCGACCCGCAACCUGUGCAUCUUCUGUCUGAAUAAAUUAGCGCUAUGGCUGUUUGCAA